AUGUCGGCAACAAGAGAGAAAGUCAAGCCAUGCCCCUAUGCCGGUCCGUUCGAUCCGUAUGCAACUGUAACGUUAACAGAAGCAAUGCUAACUUGUAUCGUAGGUUUCCAAUGCGAAGGACAGCCCAAACAUGUCGACACCGAGUUGCCAGAUGAAGGCAGUGGCAUAUUUUACUACAUAGCCGAGCCCUAUGGGAAUUACGUGCACAAAAAUCAAGACUUUGCGGUGCUCCUGUGCUCCGACGAGCACGGGCUUUGGCAUAGCAGCAGGCUCUUGGCAGACCAAUUCGCUGGUGCUGGGUAUUUGACUAUUGUACCUGACCAUGUGGACAGACGCACAGUACAGGGCAGUGCUAUCACUGGUGCUCCACAUACAUUUGACGAAAAAACAUCCUCAGCCCGAAUCGCUGAAGCCUUAAAAUAUCUGAAAGUGCAAAGAAACGUCACCAAAGUCGCUGCUGCGGGGUAUGGAAUCGGUGGGAACGCCGUUGUAUCCCAACUGGGUCUAGGCGACGUUCACAUUGGCUUCGUUGCUACUCCGACUCAUGGGAGAAAAGAUUUCCUAAAAACUGUCGACGGUAUCGCUUGUCCUCUAAGUCUAGCUUUUGCAGAUGAAGAUACUGAAUGGGACUCACCCAGGCGAAGCGAGAUCGUGAACCGCGUGAGGGACACGUCACAGGCGUAUCAGGUCAAUCUCUAUAGCCAUGUUCCUCCCGGCUUCGCCAGCAAUCGUGCUGUCUCAACCAAGGCGGAGGUUUACGCCAAGAAGCAAGCGUUCGUUCAGGCUUUGCAGUGGUUCGAGGAGCAUUUCCAUAACGGAGAUUAG